AUGAAGAAAACUCCACCGUCGAUGAUCCAUGCAGAUUGCGAUGCCGGUGAAAGCUCAACGCAAGAGAGCGACAACGUUAAUACGAAGUUGCGUCAAAGGAAAAAAGUGGCUCGGGACGAAAACGACGACUUUCUCGUUUUAAGAAACGAGAUGAAGGAAUGGCUGCGCACUUUCCAGCGCGAACUAAACUCCAAGCUUGACAAACUCCGGGAUCAACAGAAUAGCCGUUUAGAGGCUAUGGAAGGGUGUAUCGCUGAAUUAUCUUCGAAGCUCUCGACAGUCAACGAGACCAGCCAGUCCAUCGAAAAUUCGAUCGAAUUCGUCUCCACAAAAAUAGAAGGUAUGCAAGGAAAAAUCGACAAUUUCCAAAAAAAUAUUAUAGCAUUGUCGGCUCAACUUGUGGACCUCGAAGAGAAGCACGAAGCCCUAGACCGAGCCAUCCACAAAACAACUAUUGAAAUAAGAAACGUUCCCAAGCAAAGUCAACCGCCGUCCAAAGCCGAACUCUUCGCCUAUUUAACUCAGCUUGCGUCUAGUCUACAAAUUGACUUUUCAACUAGUGACAUUAGAGACGUGGCCCGCUUCACCAACAGAAAAGAUAACUCGACUUGGAACCUCACCGUUGAUCUAUUCCAGUUUCGCAUUGAACCUUCGCAGGGUCCCAUCAAUCACAAAUCCGCGCGUCAUUGUAGCGAAGGCCUCGAGAAGGCUGUUCUUAAUAUAUAA